AAUUAGUCCCUGCCCUAAUUUCCUGAGAAGAGCAACCCGCCCCUCAUCUCCUUCUCUGUUAUCUUUUGUUAUCUUUUGCAGAACAAUAACAACCAACAGAGAGUUAUAAUCACAGUGUCGAAAUAGUUUUCCUGACUCAAAUUUUCACAGGAAAAACAAUUUGAGCUUUGAAGAGGAAUAAUGAUAGCAGCAGUUUCGUGGGUACCCAAAGGGGUUGCAAAGUCUGUACCAGGUGUAGCAGACCCACCUUCAAAAGAGGAAAUUGAAGAGCUGAUCAAAGCUAGUGAUUUAGAGAGAAGUGGAGAAGAUAGUGGCAGCGAGGAAGAUGACCAGGAAAUGGAUGUUGGUGCUGCCAAGCAGACCGGUGAAGUAAGCCAAGCAUUAGCUGUAGCAAAUGCACUUGGCAGAAGUUCCAAAGUUAACAAGUCAGAGACCAAAUUUGAUGACAUAGCAGAUGGUCUGAAGGAACUUGAUAUGGACAACUACGAUGAUGAGGAGGAUGGUAUUGAGCUGUUCAGCACAGGACUCGGGGACCUUUACUACCCAAGUAAUAGCAUGGACCCGUACAUCAAGGAUGAAGAUGAUGAUGAUUCUGAAGAUCUUGAAGACAUGGCUAUCAAACCAAAGGAUGCAGUCAUUGUUUGUGCAUGCAACAAGGAUGAAUUUAGUAACCUCGAGGUUUGGAUAUUGGAUGAAACAAGUGAUGGUGAUUCAAACAUAUACGUUCACCAUGAGGUUCCCCUUUCAGCAUUUCCCCUUUGCACAGCAUGGCUUGAUUGUCCACUUAAAGGGGGAGAAAAAGGGAAUUUUAUAGCCGUUGGGUCAAUGGAACCUGCCAUUGAAAUAUGGGACCUUGACAUUAUUGAUGAAGUGCAACCAGCUGUGGUAUUAGGUGGCAUUGAAGAGAAAAAGAAGAAGAAAAAAGGGAAAAAGGUGUCAAUUAAAUACAAAGAAGGCAGUCACACUGAUUCUGUCCUUGGUCUUGCUUGGAACAAGCAUUUCAGGAACAUCCUUGCCAGUGCUAGUGCCGACAAACAAGUCAAAAUUUGGGAUGUGGAUGCUGGAAAAUGUGACAUUACCAUGGAGCAUCACACAGACAAGGUUCAAGCAGUUGCAUGGAAUCAUCAUGAGCCACAAGUUCUUCUCAGUGGAUCCUUUGAUCGUUCAGUAGUCAUGAAGGAUGGAAGGUUGCCUUCAGAUCCUGGUUUCAAGUGGUCGGUAACAGCUGACGUUGAAAGCUUGGCCUGGGAUCCGCAUGAUAAGCAUUUAUUUGUGGUGAGUCUUGAAGAUGGUACAGUUCAAGGUUUUGACAUCCGUGCUGCCAAGUCUGGAUCAGCUUCUGACCUUAAGCCAAGUUUUACCCUCCAUGCACAUGACAAAGCUGUUUGCACAAUCUCUUAUAAUCCUUUAGCACCUAAUCUUCUUGCUACUGGAUCAACAGAUAAAAUGGUAAAACUCUGGGAUCUGUCCAACAACCAACCCUCAUGUUUAGUAUCCAAGAAUCCUAAAGCAGGAGCUAUCUUUUCUGUUUCCUUCUCAGAGGACAACCCUUUUCUGCUCGCUAUUGGAGGCUCCAAGGGGACAUUGGAACUAUGGGAUACAUUGUCCGAGGCCGAGGUUGCUAGAAGAUUUGGAACCACAGCAAGCUGAAAUCACCGCUGGCUUGUUAAAGAAUUAUAAAUUUAUUUUAAUUAUAAAUUUAUACAUUGUCGGAGGCUGAGCAAUUUAUUUUAAUUGUAAAUUUUUUUUUCUAUAGUUAAAGAAUUUAUUUCUAGUUGUUUUGGAACAAUUGGAAGAUUUGCUAGAAGAAAUAUAGGUUUCGCAUCUAUUGUGAAAAAUUCCCCACCAUAGCUUUUUAUAGGAGUCUGGGCAGAAAUUCUUUUAUUUUGUUGGAGGGAUAUCAUCAUAUAAUUAUCUAUUAUCUAUGACUGUUUAUGCC